CCGACAUCCCGCGCCCCGACGCGAGCUCCCACGCGCAGUCGCCGCGAGUCCCGCCGAGCUGGAAACGAGGCCUGCACUGAGAGACUGGGGCCUAGAGGAUGGCCCUGAACCCUGACUGCACCGCUGCCAAGGGCACACAUGUGGUCAAAGAUGCAUUUGAGAAAAGUAGCUGCUGGCUACUUUAACUAUGGAAAAGCAGGACCAUCAUGAGAUGGAAGUUUUCCAAUUGGGUUGUCACUCCCACAUUAAACUGUUGACAGUCAACCGGGAACAUCUGGUCACUCACAUCCGGAACACUCAGUGUCUGGUGGACAAUUUGCUGAAGAAUGACUACUUCUCAGCAGAAGACUCGGAGAUCGUGUGUGCCUGCCCCACGCAGCCCGACAAGGUCCGAAAACUUCUGGAUCUGGUACAGAGCAAGGGCGAGGAGGCGUCAGAGUUCUUCCUCUAUGUGCUUCAGAGACUCGAGGAUGCAUAUGUGGAUCUCAGGCCGUGGCUGUCCGAAAUCGCCUUCUCCCCAUCCCAGCUCAUUCAGAGCAAAACUAUCGUCAACACUGACCCAGUGAGCAGGUACACCCAGAAGCUGCGACACCAACUGGGCUGCGACUCCAAGUUCGUGCUAUGCUACGCCCAGAAGGAGGAGCUGCUGUUAGAGGACACCUACGUGGACGCGCUCAUGGAGCUGGUGGGCUUCAACAAUGAGAGUCUGGGCAGCCUGGGCAGCCUGGCCUGUCUGCUGGACCACAGCUCGGGUGUCCUGAACGAGCACGGCGAGACGGUGUUCGUAUUCGGCGACGCGGGUGUGGGCAAGUCCAUGCUGCUGCAGCGGCUGCAGAGCCUCUGGGCCACCGGGCGCCUGGCCGCGGGCGUCAAGUUCUUCUUCCACUUCCGCUGCCGCAUGUUCUGCUGCUUCAAGGAGAGCGAAGCGCUGUGCCUACAGGACCUGCUCUUCAAGCACUUCUGCUACCCCGAGCAGGACCCCGAGGAGGUGUUUGCUUUCCUGCUGCGGUUUCCCCACACGGCCCUGUUCACCUUCGACGGCCUGGAUGAGCUGCACUCGGACUUCGACCUCAGCCGCGAGCCCGACGUGUGCUGCCCGUGGGAGCCCGCGCACCCGCUCGUCCUGCUGGCCAACCUGCUCAGCGGGAGGCUGCUCAAAGGCGCCAGCAAGCUGCUCACGGCCCGCACGGGGCUGGAGAUCCCGCGCCAGCUGCUGCGCAAGAAGGUGCUUCUGCGGGGCUUCUCGCCCAGCCACCUGCGGGCCUACGCGCGCAGGAUGUUCCCCGAACGCGCGGCGCAGCGGCGCCUGCUCGAGCAGCUCGAGGCCAACCCCAACCUGUGCAGCCUGUGCGCCGUGCCGCUCUUCUGCUGGAUCAUCUUCCGCUGCUUCCAGCACUUCCACGCCGCCCUCGACGGCUCCUCGCAGCUGCAGCUGCCCGACCGCGCCGUGACCCUGACCGACGUCUUCCUGCUGGUCACCGAGGUGCACCUCAACCGGACGCAGCCCAGCAGCCUGGUGCAGCGCAACACGCGCAGCCCGGCCGAGACCCUGCGCGCCGGCUGGGCCACGCUGCGGGCGCUCGGCCGCGUCGCCCACCUCGGCACCGCCCGCAGCCUCUUCGUGUUCGGCCAGGAAGAGGUGCAAGCCUCCGAGCUGCAGGACGGGGACCUGCAGCUGGGCUUCCUGCGAGCCCUGCCCGAGCUGGGCCCCGAGGGGGGACAGCAGUCCUACGAGUUUUUCCACCUCACGCUCCAGGCCUUCUUCACGGCCUUCUUUCUGGUGGCUGACGACAAGGUGGGCACCAAGGAGCUGCUCAGGUUCUUUCGAGAGUGGGCACCUCCCGGAGAGGCAGCGGGCACGUCCUGUUAUCCUGCCUUCCUCUCCUUCCAGUGCCUGGGGGGUGGCAGCCAGGCUGGCCCCGAGCCCUUCCGCAACAAAGACCACUUCCAGUUCACCAACCUCUUCCUGUGCGGGCUGCUGGCUAAAGCCAGACAGAAACUCCUGCGGCAGCUGGUGCCCAAGGCCACCCUGAGGAGGAAGCGCAAGGCCCUGUGGACACACCUGUUCGCCAGCCUGCGCUCCUACCUGAAGAGCCUGCCCCGGGUCCAGUCCGGGGGCUUCAAUCAGGUGCACGCCAUGCCCACCUUCCUGUGGAUGCUGCGGUGCAUCUAUGAGACGCAGAGCCAGAAGGUGGGUCGGCUGGCGGCGAAGGGCAUCAGCGCCGACUACCUCAAGCUGGCCUUCUGCAACGCCUGCUCGGCCGACUGCAGCGCACUGUCCUUUGUCCUGCACCACUUCCGCAGGCGGCUGGCGCUCGACCUGGACAAUAACAACCUUAACGACUACGGUGUGCGCGAGCUGCAGCCCUGCUUUAGCCGCCUCACUGUCAUCAGGCUCAGUGUCAACCAAAUCACUGACACAGGGGUGAAGGUGCUGUCGGAGGAGCUGACCAAGUACAAAAUUGUGAAGUAUCUGGGUCUGUACAACAACCAGAUCACAGAUGUUGGAGCCAGGUAUGUUGCCCAAAUCCUGGAGGAGUGCAAAGGCCUCACGCACCUUAAACUGGGAAAAAACCAGAUAACAAGUGAGGGUGGGAAGUAUCUGGCCUUGGCUGUGAAGAACAGCACAUCCAUCGCUGAUAUUGGGAUGUGGGGCAAUCAAAUCGGGGAUGAAGGAGCAAAGGCCUUUGCUGAGGCACUAAAGGACCACACUAGCUUGACCAACCUCAGUCUUGCAUCUAACAGCAUCUCUACAGAGGGAGGGAAGAGCCUUGCCCAGGCCCUGCAGCAGAACACUACUCUGACAAUAUUCUGGCUCACCCAAAAUGAACUUAAUGAUGAAGCAGCAGAGUACUUUGCAGAGAUGCUGAAGGUUAACCAGACUUUGAAGCAUUUAUGGCUUAUCCACAACAAGAUCACAGCCAAGGGCACCGCACAGCUGGCCGAGGCCCUGCGGAACAACACUGCCAUCACGGAGAUCUGUCUCAAUGGCAACUUGAUCCAUCCAGAGGAGGCCAAAGUCUUUGAAAACGAGAAGCGGAUCAUCUGUUCCUGAUGUGGACAUUUCCUAUGCUGCAUCUUUGUGCUAUGUGGCUCCUCAGCUAUGAACAGCACUCUGGGGAGUCAGAUGGGGUCCGUGGGAUGCUGUGCAGGGCCUUCAGUAAGGGGACUAUUGGCCCUGUUCUGGAGCAGCCACUGGGGUACAGCAGAAAACGCGGGCAGUGUGAGCCACUGUAGUCACUGAAAAAUAGCAACGUGUUUUCUAUGCUGAAGAAACUUCCUUGCAUGUCCCUAACUAUCUUGCCUGGCACUGGCAGGGUCAGAUGGAAGAGACCAGUUCCAGCUCCACAGAUGCCUGCAUAAAGGACCUGCAGGAGUGCAUUAGCCACUUCUGCCUUCAGGGAAGAGCUGGGACUUGGUACAGGGCCAAGGCCAGCUUCCUGUAAAGAAGGCCCUCAGGGACCACGACGUUCUCCUGAAACCACCUUCCUCCCUACAGUACUUCCCUGUGCACAUCUGUGUCACCCUUGCAGUUGUGGUUACUGAGUUGGGUCUAGUGUGAGGAGGGCACAUCCAAGUGCCUUGGGGAGCUGGCUGUCAAGGGCUUAGCAACAGACUUUGGUUCUAGUCUUAGAUCUCAUUGGAUGCUGACAUAGGUUAGAGGUCGCCCUCAUGGGAAGUCUAAGAGUCAGUCAGUCUCUCCAUGAUGCUCAGUCUCCAGCCGGAGGUUUACUUGUCUUGGCUGUGCCUGCUGUGGGAGGAAGCAGAGGCUCCCAUCUUCCACAGGAGCAGGAAUGGUUUGCCUUCAUGGACCUGAUAACCUCAGUGAAGCAUCUCUCUCUUGCCUCUCACCAGGGAAGUCUCUUUUGUUCUCAGCAGGUGGAGGAUGACUGAAUACAGCCAGGACUCAGGGAGCAGCUGAGAGCUCUGCCAGCAAAAUAUUCCAGACACCCACCACCAGCGUGGGCAUGUGGGGCAUGCACAGUGGGGUGGAGUGGGUGGUGAUGCUACAGACAACUUGCUUUCUUUUUUGUCACCUUAUUGGUUAACCAUUACUGAAAAAGCUCACUAUUUCCAAAGAA